GCGACCACGACCCAGGCUCAGCCCGGACCCAAAGCAAGACGGUUCCGUUCUUUGGUCCUAACUGCCACGUGUGGAAACAGGCUUGGAGAUCCCGGUCACAAUUCGGGGAAGGUCGGCUCAUCACCGCUGGCGCCCCAGUCCCAAGCCCCAUCUCCUGGCUUAGAUGUCACCGUCGCGGCCCUUUCCCAUUUCGUAGCACAAACGCCAGGCCGCUGCGUCAAAGCGACUCCCGACUGCAGACUCCUGGGUCAGCGAUCGUCCGCACCCGACCCCCGCGGCACCCGGCCGUGCGGUGAGCGGUCCACAACGUUUCCCGAGGGACGAGGCGGCCCGGCCGUGGGGGGCAGGAAGCGACCUCGAGGCGGGGUUGUCCCCGCGAUCCCCCGAACCACCGCGUCCAAAAGGCGCCCGGCUCACCUCCGCCGCCGGCCCCAGGCCGAGGAGCCCCGCAGCAGCCGCGCCGCCACGAAAACCGCCGCCGCCAUCGCCUCCUGCGUUCUGUGAGCGCCGGUCUUGCCUGCCCCAGCUAGACUGUGGGCGCCCCCCUUUCCUCGGCUUUCGGCCGACGUUUAUGUGCUAUGUGCCCAGCCCGGUGCUGGCUUCCGUGGGAGACACAGAUUUUGGCUAUGGAAAAGGGAAAUGUACUAAGCAAGGUCCAUCAGGAGCCCAUGAGACUCGAUUUGGAGAUGAUAAACCUGAAGACCUUGAAGAGGCAAACCCAUUCUCCUUUAAAGAGUUUCUGAAAACUAAGAACCUCAGCCUGUCAAAAGAUGACACAAGCAACAGCAGAAUUUACCCGAAGGAAGCCUCAAGGCGCUCCCUGGGACUGGACCCCAGCUCUCCAAGCACCCCAGCUGUGAGCUUCGGCCUGGACUAUCCACAGCCGUUUUUUGAAGACCUGACAGGGGCAGGGGACCUCCUGGAUGAAGAUGACGAUGAGGAAGACGGGUGGAACGGGACCUAUCUGCCAUCAGCCGUGGAGCAGACCCGCACCUCCCGGGCCACCAGCAACACAUCCCCCUGUGGCACCUACCUCUCCUUCUUCUCCACCCCGUCGGAGCUGGCGGGGCCUGAGUCUCUUCCCCCUUGGACGAUGAGUGACACAGACUCCCACGUCUCCCCAGCAUCACCAUCCGGGAGUCCAGGCACAGACUUAGCUGCACACGGAGAGUGCCUGGGAAACAGACAGCUGCGGACACUGCAGAUGAGUUAUGAAGCACUGAAAGAUGAAAAUUCUAAGCUAAGAAGAAAGCUCAAUGAGGUUCAGAGCUUCUCUGAAACUCAAACUGAAAUGCUGAGGACACUUGAGCGGAAGCUGGAGGCGAAGAUGGUCAGGGAGGAGAGUGACUACCGCGACCUGGAGUUGGCGGUGCAGCAGGUGGAGCAGAACCUGGAGCAGAUGACCAAGCGGGCUGUGAAGGCAGAGAAUCAUGUCGUGAAGCUGAAACAGGAGGUAAACUUGCUCCAGGUGCAGGUCUCCAACUUCAAGCGGGAAAACGAAGUCCUGCGGUCGGGCCAGGGUGCCAGCCUGACUGUGGUGAAGCAAAACACCGACGUGGCUCUGCAUAACCUCCAUGUGGUCAUGAGCAGCGCACAUGCGUCAAUAAAGCAGCUGGUUUCUGGAGCUGAGACAUUGAAUCUCGUUGCUGAAAUCCUUAAAUCUAUAGACAGAAUUUCUGAGGUGAAAGAAGAGGAGAACUCCUGAGACACUGGGUUUUUUCAGCUCCUGGCUCCGUGUGCCCGGAUCACCACCACCCACAUGAGUAUGCGGCUGCGCCCCCACUAUGAUCCUCCACCAGAGCAAAGUAUUUAUCACGAGACCCCGGUUCCACAAUCCGACGCAGGAUUAUUGGCCACUGCUACAGGAGUGGCACCUGUGUGUCAUCCCAGUGGUUUAUAAAUGGUCCUUCUUGGUGAAAUUCUGCUUUAUAGAUUCAUUGAUGUAUUGGGAGGAAUUUUCACAAAAUGCAGUGGUUCUUGAAAGACACACUAAGCAGCCACUGUGCAAUUUUCCAUCACCCCGGAAACUAACUGCAGGCGCCGUCCUCUGCCCUCCUCGGCUUUGUGGGCCAAGGACGCCGAGUGGCCAGGACAGGAACUUGUGCCUUUUUGCUGCCACUCAGCUUCCCGCUGGCUGGCAGCUCACACCGAGGCCUUAGGGUUGGCUUCAGUUCUCGGGGGCCGAGUGCAGAGGCACCACCUGGUGACUGCUGCUCCUCUCCACUCGGACGCCAGGGACGGAGGCCACUCGGUCCAUGUCAGGAGCCAUCUGAGCUCUCAGCCUGCCUUGGCUGGGGGCUUGGCUCACGUUUGGAGUGACAUUUUGUACGGUGACUCGUAGGGUUCGGAAGUGUGGUGUGCAGAGCCUCCCAGGGUGGCACAGGCCUUGGGCUGUCCUCGUCUUGCCUGCCUGGGGAGGACACAGCAGGGACCCUGUGCUUUGUUGGCUGUUUUCCCCUAUGUGGUUUUCUUUUAAUAAGUUUAACCCUGUAACAUUCUUGUUUAAAUAAACUCUGAAGCUCA